AUGCGUCCCGAAGUCGAGCAGGAACUUGCACACACGCUCCUUGUUGAGCUUCUGGCAUAUCAAUUCGCCUCCCCCGUGAGAUGGAUCGAAACACAAGAUGUCUUCCUCGCGGAGAAGACUGCCGAGCGGAUUGUAGAAAUUGGUCCUGCCGAUACACUUGGUGUUAUGGCCAAGCGCACACUCGCAUCCAAGUAUGAAGCCUACGAUGCCGCCAAGUCUGUGCAGAGACAGAUUCUGUGCUAUAACAAGGACGCAAAAGAGAUUUACUAUGACGUGGAUCCUGUUGAGGAGGAACCAGAGCCCGCCGCUGCUCCGGCUGAGAGCUCUGCACCAGCAGCAGCCUCCGCCGCCGCACCCGCCGCUGCCGCUGCUGCGCCCGCACCCAGCGCUGGCCCGGCAGCUGCAGUCGAGGAUGCGCCUGUAUCAGCUUUGGAGAUUGUGCGAUCCCUGAUCGCCCAGAAGCUGAAGAAGCCUUUCGCCGAGAUUCCCCUCAGCAAAGCUAUCAAGGAUUUGGUUGGCGGUAAAUCGACACUUCAGAAUGAAAUCCUAGGUGAUCUAGGCAAGGAAUUCGGCUCAACACCAGAGAAGCCCGAAGACACACCGAUAGACGAACUUGCCGCCGUCAUGCAAGCUACUUUCAAUGGUCAGCUUGGAAAGCAGUCACAGUCCCUCAUCGCCAGAUUGGUCUCUUCCAAGAUGCCCGGAGGUUUCAACAUCACAUCAGCUAGGAAAUACUUGGAGACUAGAUGGGGUCUUGGAGCUGGCCGCCAAGACGGCGCUCUCUUGCUAGCAAUCACCAUGGAGCCUGCGGCUCGUUUGGGCUCUGAGAAUGACGCCAAGGCCUUCCUUGACGAUGUUACUCAAAAGUACGCCAGCAACGCCGGAAUCAGCCUCUCGACAGCUGCUGCUGCAGGCCCUGCUGCCGGUGGCGGUGGCGGCAUGAUGAUGGACCCGGCUGCCAUCGACGCCCUGACCAAGGACCAGCGUGCUCUGUUCAAGCAGCAACUCGAGCUUCUGGCAAGAUACCUCAAGAUGGAUCUGCGCGCAGGAGACAAGGCUGCCCAAGUUUCGCAGGAAUCUGAAAAGGUUCUUCAGGCUCAGCUUGACCUUUGGGCUGCUGAGCACGGUGAUUUCUACGCCUCUGGCAUUGAGCCUGUUUUCAGCCCAUUGAAGGCUCGUACCUACGACUCUUCGUGGAACUGGGCUCGCCAGGAUGCUCUUAGCAUGUACUACGAUGUCAUUUUCGGAAGACUUCAGGUUGUUGACCGUGAGAUUGUUAGCCAGUGUAUUCGCAUCAUGACCAAGUCGAACCCUCUGCUUCUGGAGUUCAUGCAGUACCACAUCGACAACUGCCCUACUGAGCGCGGCGAGACCUACAAGCUUGCAAAGUCUCUUGGUGAGCAGCUCAUCGAGAACUGCAAGGAGGUCUUGAACACCGCUCCAGUCUACAAGGAUGUGGCAGUCCCAACUGGUCCCCACACAACCGUUGACCACCAGGGUAACAUCAAGUAUGAAGAGGUUCCUCGCCAAAGCUGCCGCAAGCUUGAGCACUACGUCAAGCAGAUGGCAGAGGGUGGCAAGAUCACUGAGUACGGUAACCGCACCAAGGUCAACAAUGAUUUGGCUCGCCUGGUCAAGCUCAUCAAGGCUCAGCACAACAUGGCUAAGCCAACUCAGGCUGAGCUCAAGACUAUUUCGCAGAAUGUCCGUCAGUCAUUGGCCAUGAACGAGAGCCAAAUUCUUCCCAAGGAGAACGGAAAGGGUGGACUUGUUAAGAAGUCUGGCGUAAAGACCUCUAGCCAGGCUAACAAGGGCAAGACCGAGUCCAUGCCCUUCCUUCACCUCAAGAGCUACGAUGAACUUACCGGUUGGUCUUACGACAAGAAGCUCUCCAAGGUCUACCUUGACUGCCUGGAGGAGUCUGCCAGGGAUGGUAUUAGCUACGAGGGCAAGUACGUCCUUAUGACUGGUGCUGGUGCUGGUUCCAUCGGUGCUGAGGUGCUCCAAGGCCUCAUUAGCGGAGGUGCCAAGGUCAUCGUUACCACCAGUCGCUUCUCUCGCGAGGUCACCGAGUACUACCAGGCCAUGUAUGCCAAGUACGGUGCUCGUGGCUCCCAACUCGUCGUUGUUCCCUUCAACCAAGGUAGCAAGCAAGAUGUUGAGGCACUCAUCGAGUACAUCUACGACGCUAAGAAGGGUCUGGGCUGGGAUCUGGACUACAUUGUUCCGUUCGCUGCCAUUUCCGAGCAGGGCCGUCAAAUCGAUGGCAUUGACUCCAAGUCCGAGCUUGCUCACCGUAUCAUGUUGACCAACCUCCUCCGUCUUCUUGGAUGUGUCAAGUCCGAGAAGUUUGAGCGUGGCUUCGAGACCCGUCCAGCUCAGGUCGUCCUGCCUCUCUCCCCCAACCACGGUACUUUUGGUAGCGACGGUCUCUACUCCGAGUCCAAGCUUGGUCUUGAGACUCUUUUCAACAGGUGGCGCUCGGAGGACUGGGGUAACUACCUCACUAUCUGCGGUGCCGUCAUUGGUUGGACCCGUGGUACAGGUCUCAUGUCGGGCAACAAUGUUGUUGCUGAGAGUGUCGAACAAGAGGGCGCCCGCACCUUCUCGCAGCAGGAGAUGGCUUUCAACCUGUUGGGUCUCAUGUCGCCAGACAUUGUUGACCUUUGCCAGAACCAGCCUGUCUUUGCUGACUUGAACGGUGGACUUCAGUUCAUCAAGAAGCUCAAUAAGCUCAUGACCAAGGAGCGCGCCAACAUCACUGGCUCGAGCGAAAUUCGUCGCGCCGUGACCAAGGAGACUGCCAUUGAGAAUAAGGUUGUCAAUGGCGAAGAGACCGAAGCUCUGUACAAGCGAAAGUUGAUUGAGCCUCGUGCAAACAUCAAGUUUGACUUCCCUGCUUUGCCGGACUGGAAGUCGGACAUUGAGCCUCUCAAUGAGAACCUCAAGGGUAUGGUCGACCUCGACAAGGUGGUUGUCAUCACCGGUUUUGCCGAAGUCGGUCCCUGGGGUAACUCGAGAACUCGCUGGGAGAUGGAAGCACACGGCGAAUUCUCCCUGGAGGGCUGUGUUGAAAUGGCUUGGAUCAUGGGUCUCAUCAAGAAUCACAAUGGCCCCAUCAAGGGCCAGCCCUACUCUGGAUGGGUUGACGCCAAGUCCGGGGAGCCAGUUGAUGACAAGGACAUCAAGACCAAGUACGAGAAGCAGAUUCUGGAGCAUUCUGGUAUCCGUCUGAUCGAGCCCGAACUCUUCGGCGGCUAUGAUCCCAACAACAAGCAGCUUCUUCACGAAGUUGUUAUUGAGGAGGACCUGGAGCCCUUCGAGGCUUCCAAGGAGACUGCCGAGGAGUUCAAGCGCGAGCACGGCGCAAAGGCCGAGAUCUUCGAGAUUCCUGACAGUGGCGAGUACACUGUCCGCAUGAAGAAGGGUGCUUCUCUCUGGAUCCCCAAGGCUCUCAGAUUCGACCGUCUCGUUGCUGGUCAGAUUCCUACAGGAUGGGAUGCCAAGAAGUACGGUGUUCCCGAGGACAUCAUCUCUCAGGUCGACCCCGUGACUCUCUUCGUCCUCGUUUCCGUCGCUGAGGCCCUGCUUUCUUCCGGUAUCACUGAUCCUUAUGAGUUCUACAAGUAUGUCCACGUCUCCGAGGUCGGAAACUGCAUUGGUUCCGGUAUGGGUGGUGCUGGUGCUCUGCGUGGUAUGCACCGUGACCGUUUCUUGGACAAGCCUGUUCAGAAUGACAUUCUUCAGGAGUCCUUCAUCAACACCAUGGCUGCCUGGGUUAACAUGUUGCUGCUUUCCUCCUCUGGUCCCAUCAAGACUCCAGUCGGUGCCUGCGCUACUGCUGUCGAGUCUGUUGAUAUUGGUUACGAGACAAUCAUGGAGGGCAAGGCUCGUGUCUGUCUUGUCGGUGGUUUCGAUGACUUUGGCGAGGAAGGCUCUUACGAGUUCGCCAACAUGAAGGCCACUAGCAACGCUGUUGACGAGUUUGCUCACGGCCGCACUCCCAAGGAGAUGUCGCGUCCCACGACUACCACCCGUAACGGCUUCAUGGAGUCCCAGGGUUCCGGUGUCCAGAUUAUCAUGACCGCCAAGCUUGCGCUGGAUAUGGGUGUGCCGAUCUACGGUAUCUUGGCCCUUACCACCACCGCCAGUGACAAGAUUGGACGAUCGGUGCCUGCUCCUGGACAGGGUGUUCUGACCACUGCUCGCGAGACCCCUGGCAAGUUCCCCUCCCCGCUGCUCGACAUCAAGUACCGUCGCCGCCAGAUUGAGCUUCGCAAGAGGCAGAUCCGCAACUGGAAGGAGUCUGAGCUUGAAUAUCUGCAUGAAGAGAUUGCUGCUAUCAAGGCUGGAAACGACCAGUUCAACGAGAAGGAGUACACUGCCGACCGUAUCGCACAUGUUGAGAAGGAGGCCAUCCGUCAAGAGAAGGAGGCCCUUCGCAGCUUCGGCAACAACUUCUGGAAGCAAGACACCAGCAUCGCACCUCUGCGCGGUGCAUUGGCCACAUGGGGUCUCACUGUUGAUGACCUCGGUGUUGCUUCAUUCCACGGUACCUCUACCAAGGCUAACGACAAGAACGAGUCUUCUGUCAUCUGCCAGCAGCUUCGCCACUUGGGUCGUACCAAGGGUAACGCUGUUCUGGGUAUAUUCCAGAAGUACCUCACUGGUCACCCCAAGGGUGCUGCCGGUGCUUGGAUGUUGAACGGUUGCUUGCAGGUGCUCAACACUGGUCUGGUGCCCGGUAACCGCAACGCCGACAAUGUUGAUUCCAUCAUGGAGCAAUUCGACCUGAUUGUCUACCCCAGCCGCAGCAUCCAGACGGAUGGCGUCAAGGCCUUCUCCGUCACCUCCUUUGGUUUCGGUCAGAAGGGUGCCCAGGCCAUCGGUAUUCACCCCAAGUACCUCUAUGCCACUCUCGAUGAGGAGACCUUCAAGGCCUACGCCGACAAGGUCGCUGGUCGCCAGAAGAAGUCUUACCGUUACUUCCACAACGGCAUGAUCAACAACGCGCUCUUCCAGGCCAAGGCCAGCUCACCUUACACUGAGGACCAGCUGAGCUCCGUCCUGCUCAACCCCGAAGCUCGCGUCACCGAGGACAAGAAGACUGCCGGUCUCACCUACCCUGCCGACUUUGCCAAGCGCGCUGCUGCUACCCAAGCAGCCAAGGCAAAGUCCACCAAGGAGUCAAUUGAGGCACUCGCCCGUAGCCUCGAGACAACCAAGAACACCAAGGUCGGUGUUGAUGUCGAGGACAUUACUGCCAUCAACAUUGACAAUGAGACCUUUGUGGAGCGCAACUUUACCGAGAAGGAGAUUGCAUACUGCCGUAAGAUGCCUAGCCCGCAAAGCUCAUUUGCUGGCCGCUGGAGUGCAAAGGAGGCUGUUUUCAAGAGUCUCGGUGUCAAGAGCCAGGGAGGCGGUGCUGCUCUGAAGCAGAUUGAGGUCCUCCCCGAUGAGAACGGCGCGCCCAUUGUGAGCUUGUACGGUGAUGCCGCCGAAGCUGCCAAGAAGGCUGGCGUCAAGGAGAUUAGCGUCUCCAUCUCGCACUCGGAGUCGCAGUCAAUCGCCAUUGCGGUUUCGUCGUUCUGA